AGCAUUUACGAGGCAGCACGAGUGCCGGGCGAGAAACGGAGAGACUCCAGCCCUGCCAGCACGUGGAAGGAGAGGAGAAACAGAAAAGGACAAGGAAAGAGAGGAAGAUGCACUCCAGUGAAGUGGAAAGGACAUCAGGAGAGAGUGAAGGUCUGGAAGAGAUAAGAGAAGAGCUGGAUCUUUAACUGCAUCGUCCCACAGAAGUAAGUGCGAAAAACCAAAACAUCCCUAAGGAAUUGCCACUUCAUUUCCAGAAGUUUGAAUGUGGAAAGGAGAAAAAGUUUAACAGGCUGGAUGGAUGUUGCUUUUCAAGGGACACGUGGGUAAAAUCAGCUUUGUAUAAUAUCUAUAACUUUAAAAUGAAAUGUUUUCUGUUUAUUAUCUCAUGAAUAAGUCAUGAUCUGGCUCAAGCGGACACUAAUCACGGACGAGAUCGGAAAAGACAGGGAAUCGCAUGUAAUUUGAGCGCCUAAGAUAAAGGUAUGAUUGGAAAUCACUCCUGAGGCCAACAAGACGCAUGGAUCUGAGCGCCGAUCCGUCCGCCACGAACGCCCAGCUCAAGCAGGCUCAUGCGGGCGGCUUUAAGAAAGUGUGUCGGGUCGAGGAGGACAGCGCGUGUCCGUUCCCCGGGCUGCCGGCAGGUGUGCUGGAAAUGAGGGUGAAGGAGGGCAGUAAAAUUCGCAAUCUCAUGGGUUUCGCCAUGGCGCGCAUGCAGGACGAGGCCCAGGACGGCUCUCAAACCGGACUGAGACAGGUCGUGUUCAGCGGGUCCGGACGGGCCGUCACCAAAACCAUCACCUGCGCCGAGAUCAUGAAGAGGAAGAUCGCCGGCCUCCAUCAGAUGACCAAACUGCAGUACAAGGGCUUACGAGAGGUCUGGGAGAGUCAAGAAGGAGGCGACUCGGAGAUGACGAUCCACCGAACGCUUCCGUCCAUCAGCAUCCUGCUCUCCAAAGACCCGCUGGACCCGCUGGAACCGGGCUACCAGCCUCCAGACGAGAGGAACGGAGGCGAGACGGCGGAGAAGCGAUCUAUAGACUCGUCUGACUCUCUGAUGGAGCCGCAGGCGAAGAGAGUCUGUCUCUGAGGAUUAUGGGUGUGUUAAAGACAAUCAUUCCCACUGAAACUCUCUCAGAAACAGCCCACGUUUCCACUGACUGAACGAUGACGACUAUAACCAACCCACUCUUAAAAAUAAAGCUUCUUUAUUGGCAUCGAUGGUUCCGUGUAGAACCUUUCCAUUGCAGAAAAGAUUAUUAAAAGGUUCUUCACACUAAGAAAAGUGUCUUUUAUGGCAUUGCUGAGAAAAACCACUUUAUUUUGAAGAAACAUGCACGUCACAAUCUUGAGUCUCAAUCUUGGUUUUGAGCAUGCAACAUCACUAAUUUAAUGCAAGUCUUUGAUAUAAUCUGACAUAUUCAUUGGAAUAUUUGGAUAAAGGCACCUGCCAAGUGCAUAAAUGUAAUUUAAACAUUAUAAAAGGUCAAAUUUAAGGCAAUCGGUUCAUGCAUAUGAUUUUAUGAAUAAAACUACUGAUGUUACUGGUUUCCCAAGACCAAAUGCUCAGCUCAAAACCACUUUUCUUUGGUCAGGAACCAUGCAAACAUCACAGAUGGACAUUGAAGAUGAUUUCAGAUGCUUCAAAAUAGAUUGUGAUGCUUAGAGAGCCAGUAAAGAUCUUUUUUCUGUUUUCAUCGUACUAUUUCUUUUUCUAUCUUCCCUUAGCAGCAGCAUGCAACUCACCGUAUUUUUCAACAUCUAUUGCAAGUUUAAGUACAAAUAAACUGUUUGCUCCUCA